AUGAAGGAACCCAUACUUGCAGAAUUUGAAAAAGACAUUUGCAAGGACAUGGACGAGGACAAUAGCGAAGUUUUAAUACAAAAAGCACUUCCCGUUUCCGAAAAACCUUUACCACGUGAUAGACCUCCUGCGACUGGAGAAGAAUAUUUGCGUAUGGUGAGGUUAGAAGCUAUAAAAAGGCCUACUGUUGUUAAGACUAAAAAUCCAAUAAUUCAGUCUAAAGGAGUUAGAAUGGCGAAAUGGGUUAAAAGAGGUUGGGAAAAUCAAACAGAAUAUGAUGAUUUUGAUCAAAAUUCUAAUAAUUUUGUAAAAGAAGAAUGGGAAAAUAGAUUUUUAACGAGAUUUGAUUUAAUCAGACAGGGAUUAGAAAAACGACGGAAAAUAUUUGGAUCGUCACGAAAUAAAUCACCAAUCAAGCUACCAGCGCGAAAUGAUGAAGAUGGAUGGCUUAAAUUUUGCUAUGGAGUAAAUUCGACACAUGAAUCGUUGAAUUUGGCAGGAUUAGAAUAUGAAGGUGAUAUAGAUGAGAUGACUUUGCCGCUUGUUAGUGUCGUGUCAAAAAUAGACCAGGUUACAACAAUCACGCUGCUUUCAUAUCAUCAAAAAUGGAUUUCUAAUGGGAUCACAAUUGCACAAUCCCAAUGGCUCUUCGCGUUGCUUGCACGUAUUGACAACCUCUUGAUGCCUAAUCAGAUGGCAAUUUUGAGGCAAUUGAGUGAGAAGUGCAUUCAACUUCGGCAAUUGGCAGAUGAGGAAGACCUUCUUAUGUUGGCUUCCUUGAAUAUAAUUAUUACUAUUGUAAGAAAAUAUUUUGGUCAGAAAGAUUUAAGGUAA